AUAAAAUAGCCGGCUAUAGUUAUAUUAUUUUUAGGUCUUAGUUUUCAAUUAAAAAAGCAUUUAGAAUAAUGUUAAUAAGAAGAAUUAAGUGCCUCGGAUUUCUGGGAGUACGCUACAACAGUUCGCACUAUGUGACAACACCGAUUUUCUAUGUAAACGCAGCUCCCCACAUUGGCCACUUGUACUCGGCGGUGAUAGCCGAUGCCCACUGCCGGUACCAGAGAUUAAAGUAUCCGGAGAGAAAGGUCCGGCUUUGUACGGGAACCGACGAGCACGGGACCAAAAUUCAACAGGCAGCGGCACUUCAUAAGAUUCCGGUGGCCACAUAUUGUGACCAGAUUUCCCAGCGGUACCGGGAGGUCUUCCAGAAUGCCAACAUCCUGCAGGAUGAUUUCAUACGCACAACAGAGGAGCGCCACAAACGGGCAGUGGCUCAUUUCUGGCGCACCCUAAACUCCCGUGGACACAUCUACUCGGCUGCCUACAGCGGCUGGUACUGCGUUUCCGAUGAAACCUUUCUGACAGACUCUCAACUGAAGUUGGACGAGGCAACGGGUACUCGCUAUUCCCUGGAAUCUGGCCAUCCCGUUGAGUGGACAGAGGAGACCAAUUACAUGUUUCGCCUAUCCAAGUUCCAAGAUGAUGUGAUUCACUGGGUGAAGCAGGAGGCUCGCAUCCGUCCGGCCAAGUUUGAGAAGAUCCUACUAGACACUCUUAGUGAACCGCUGCCGGAUGUUUCGGUGUCCAGACCCUCGAAUCGGGUUCACUGGGCCAUUCCCGUGCCGGAUGACUCCUCGCAGACGGUGUACGUUUGGCUAGAUGCUUUGGUCAACUAUCUCAGUGCCUUGGGGUAUCCGGAUGAGAAGUACUCUGCCUUCUGGCCACCGGCCCAGCAGAUAAUCGGCAAGGAUAUCCUCAAGUUUCACGGCAUUUACUGGCCUGCCUUCCUGAUCGCCGCCGGCCUCCAACCGCCUGGGCAACUGUAUGUCCACUCGCACUGGACCGUCGACGGACAGAAGAUGUCGAAGAGCAAACAGAAUGUGGUCAAUCCGGUCCAGGCAGCCGAACAGUACACGAUGGAGGGCCUGCGCUACUUUUUACUGCGUGAGGGCGUGGCACACAGCGACGGCAACUACAGCCACGUGAAGGCACUGCGCAUCCUCAACUCGGAGCUGGCAGACACCCUGGGGAAUCUGCUGUCCCGUGCCUGUGCCAAGACGCUCAAUCCCCGCCAAAUCUAUCCGUCAGCCCAGGCCGAGCAUUUAGCGGAUCUCCUUGGAAGCCUGGAUGCGGCCAAGCGGCUGCAGGAGUCGCUGGUGCAGCUGUCAGAACGAUGCGCUCAACAUUACGAGUGCAAUCACUUCCACUUGGUGGCUGACACUGCCAUGGCGACUCUGCAUGCGGCCAACAACUUCUUCGAGACGAGCCGGCCCUGGGAGCUGAAGAAAGGAGCGGCGGGCAGCAAUGAGCCGCGUUUGGAGACCAUAAUCGCCAUGACAAUGGACGCACUGCGACUCUGCGGCAUUGUGCUGCAGCCCAUAAUUCCCCAGCUGGCCACGCGGCUGCUCGAUAAGCUCAGUGUCCCCGCAACGCAACGUGGCUGGAAUUAUUUGGCCGAGAGCUUUGCCAACACCGCCCACCAUGGCGGGAGUCGUCAGUUGAAUGAGCAGAGCAGUGCGAUGUUGUUCCAGCGGAUUCUUGAGGAGAAGGAGGAGCGCAAACCGCAACCAGCCAAGCGGAGUAAAGCCAAGAAAAAGGAGCUCCGCGAAACAAUGUCCUGAAGUGGCCAUAAUAAACUGAUUCCGAAGUCAA